AUGGCCGAAAUCGCGACACAAACGCUCAGCUUCCUCGACGCGGCGAUAGCCUGCUUCAAGCAGAUCCAGAUCGCCCGCUCGUUCCCAGAGGACUUCGACCACCACCAAAUCAAACUCGACAUCCUCCAACUGCGUCUCUCGCGAUGGGGCGAGGCAGCCGGCAUCUACAGCGGCGGGGAAGGCGCGCCGCUAGCGAUCCGCGACCACGACCAAGCCAACUCCCUCCUCUGCUCCAUCGAGCUCCUCUUCAAGCAAGCGCAAAAAAAGGCCGCCGCGCUGAAGCCCCCGGAGGAGCCCACGACCCCGACGCUCAACCCGGACAGCGACAUGUCGUCGGGCAUGCGCAUGCUGCGCACGAAGCUGCGCGCCUCGCUGUCGCGGCGCUGCACGCAGCUCGCCAACGCCAAGCACAGCAUCCAGUGGGCGUUCUACAAGAAGCAGCAGUUUGAGGAGUUCGUCGCCGCCAUGAACGGCACGAUCGAUCAGCUGGAGAAGCUGUUUCCGGAGGAGGAGGCGACGCCGACGCGGCUGCAGGAGCUGAGCAAGGAGGAGUGCAAGGGCAUCAGCGAGACGUACCUCAAGGAGCUGAAGGAGAUUGUGCAGGACACGGAUCCCUGGCUCGAUGGCGCGGUGGAUGCGUCGCUGCGCGAGCAGGCGCCGACCGGUGGUGUUUCGUUUUCGAACCGCGACAACUAUGGUUUGCAGCAGGGCUACAACUAUGGUAACCAGAAGGGGUUCAAAUUUGCGGGCACUAUGAACAAUAACACUUACAGGAAGUGA